AUGGCGUGCGUUACCAUCGUCCUCGAUAAGCCAAGCGACUGGCACAAUUGGCUGUUCAUCCGACAGGACGCCGCCCAGAGGAACGGCCUCUGGCAAUACGUCAACCCUGAUACAGCCGCCGACGAGCUACCUAAGCUCACGGAGCCAGUAGAGCCUCAGCUCGCUGACUAUAAGGAAGGUGCUGAGAACCUUGGCAGCCUCAGCAUGGCUGACCAAGAGUGGUUUAAAUGGGACUAUAAGCGCUAUCGAGAGCGCUACACCGUGUGGAGCAAGAAGUGUAGGGCACUAGCAGACUUCAACUCAGAGAUUGGUAAGACCGUGGCGAAGCGCCACCUCUAUCUGCUCUGGAGCAAGUCAACGCCCUACCAGAGGCUUGUUACCCUCAAGCAGCACCUCGCACCUACUGACGCGACCCGCCGGCGAGAGUUGAUAGGCAGAUAUACUGCUCUACAGACGCCAGCGCGCGGCAGGAAGUGCGAAGAGCUCAGGCUGCUUGAGAAGACGGGUACGAGAGCUCAAGAGGACUUCCUAGUCGCCUGCAAAAUCUAUAAGAAAGAGUCGAACCUAGAGGAAGUACAAUCAGUAGAGACCUACGUGUCUGAGUUCACCACAUACCUACGACGCAACAAGCCGAUCUCGACAGGUCUCUCCGCUAUGGCCUCAGAACUCGAGACGCUAUGCUGUGCUUGUGGCCUUAAGCACAGGUGGGUAGACUACUGGGUGAUCAACCCGGAUCACCCUAGGCGCCCUAGAGGCUUUACGCCGAAACCGUCCCUUGUCGAGAAAGUUAAAACUGCUCGCAAGAAAGAUCCUAGACUCAAUAAGUCUAUCGAUCAAGCCCUCGCUAGAUGGCGAGAGAAGAACGGGGUGACGGUGUCUGUCAACCUCGACGAUGGCAAGCCGCCAUCAAACCCGACCUCGACCGCAGUGGCGCACAAGGCGCACAAGGACGAGGCGGCACAUGCCAAUGCAGUGAUGGCUGAGGGCGCGACUGACGAGCUGGCUGAUCGAUGGAUCCUCGACCCUGGAUCGAAUACCCACGUGAUCAACAGCGAGGCAUGGGGAAGAUUGAGGCAGUGCAAAGAGGAUGGAGAGGAGGAAGGCAGAUUGGGGGGAUAA